GCAACUUAAUCCACAACCACUAUCGACGACAAAAUGGUAUGUGCAAAGUGUCAGAAACUGUCCAAGUCGACAGCCUUGGCUACACCAGGGGUCAAGAAGAAAACUGAGAUGUAUUACGGGUCACCAGCUGGGUCUAUAUCCAAGAGUGGCGACAAGACAAAGACCUCAGCAACCCUUGGACAGAACGGGAUAGGGAAGAGUAAAUUACUAUCCAAGGCCGCCAAAAAUCCAUACGCAGCAUAUUCCAGCUCCUGUACUACAUGCAAGACCAAGAUUGACCAGGGGCGCACGUACUGCCAGAAGUGUGCAUACAAAGCAAAUGCUUGUGCGAUGUGCGGUAAGGCGAAUACGAAAUCAACCGCAGCUGCGCCAGUGGUUACCGGUCAGAAGUUCACGUUAAAGUAA